AUGUAUUGUCAAGAGACGCAGGAGCGUACAAAGUCACUGGAGAAGUUGAAGUUAGAACUGCAGAUGAAGAAUGAGGUAGAAAAGGAGAAAGAGAAAACCAGACUAGAGGUAGAAGAGGAAAAAGAGAGAACCCGAGUGGAGGCACCGGAAGGACAGGUGGAGCAGGUGGAGGCACCGGAAGGACAGGUGGAGGCACCGGAAGGACAGGUGGAGCAGGUGGAGGCACCGGAAGGACAGGUGGAGCAGGUGGAGGCACCGGAAGGACAGGUGGAGGCACCGGAAGGACAGGUGGAGCAGGUGGAGGCACCGGAAGGACAGGUGGAGCAGGUGGAGGCACCGGAAGGACAGGUGGAGGCACCGGAAGGACAGGUGGAGCAGGUGGAGGCACCGGAAGGACAGGUGGAGCAGGUGGAGGCACCGGAAGGACAGGUGGAGCAGGUGGAGGCACCGGAAGGACAGGUGGAGCAGGUGGAGGCACCGGAAGGACAGGUGGAGCAGGUGGAGGCACAGGAAGGACAGGUGGAGCAGGUGGAGGCACAGGAAGGACAGGUGGAGCAGGUGGAGGCACAGGAUGGACAGGUGGAGCAGGUGGAGGCACAGGAAGGACAGGUGGAGCAGGUGGAGGCACAGGAAGGACAGGUGGAGCAGGUGGAGGCACCGGAAGGACAGGUGGAGCAGGUGGAGGCACAGGAAGGACAGGUGGAGCAGGUGGAGGCACAGGAAGGACAGGUGGAGCAGGUGGAGGCACCGGAAGGACAGGUGGAGCAGGUGGAGGCACCGGAAGGACAGGUGGAACAGGUGGAGGCACAGGAAGGACAGGUGGAGCAGGUGGAGGCACCGGAAGGACAGGUGGAGCAGGUGGAGGCACCGGAAGGACAGGUGGAGCAGGUGGAGGCACCGGAAGGACAGGUGGAGCAAGUGGAGGCACCGGAAGGACAGGUGGAGCAGGUGGAGGCAUCGGAAGGACAGGUGGAGCAGGUGGAGGCACAGGAAGGACAGGUGGAGGCACAGGAAGGACAGGUGGAGCAGGUGGAGGCACCGGAAGGACAGGUGGAGCAGGUGGAGGCACAGGAAGGACAGGUGGAGCAGGUGGAGGCACAGGAAGGACAGGUGGAGCAGGUGGAGGCACAGGAAGGACAGGUGGAGCAGGUGGAGGCACAGGAAGGACAGGACAGACCUCCUCUACAGCAUCACCACCUGGAGGCAGACGUGUGGGAGCCCCACCACGGACCCCCAUACACUCGCCCGAGAGCCGCACACACCAGGUGCGCGCCGGUGACUGGUCGACACACGCUAACUACCCAUUACUUCACCGGCUCAUAG